ACGGGCAAUCACAACUUCAUCGCCGCGCUUCUCGUGUCCUCUGCCCCGGCUCCUCGCCACCGCCCAGCCUCUCCUCACCCUCGUGCGCCUUCGGAUCCGCGGUUCUCGGAGAGAGGUGGCGGCGGGUCGCUUGCGGUAGCCGGUACUAGGCGGGUUCGCUGCGGGUGGUCGUCGGUGCGAUGGUCUCCUUCGAGAUGAACGACCGCAAGAAGAUUGGGCUGGGCUUGACUGGAUUUGGAGUUCUCUUCUCACUGCUUGGGAUCAUUAUGCUGUUUGACAAGGGAUUCCUGGCAAUGGGGAAUAUUCUCUUCGUUUCAGGCGUCUUACUGACCAUUGGGCUGAAGCCAACUGUGCAAUUCUUCACCAAGCCUAAGAAUCACAAGGGUUCACUUUCUUUCGGGUUUGGCUUUUUCCUGGUCCUCAUUGGAUGGCCUAUCUUAGGCAUGAUGGUGGAGUCGUAUGGCUUCAUCACGCUCUUCAGUGGCUUCUGGCCAACAGCUGCUGUUUACCUGCAAAAGAGCCCCUCCUUCGGUUGGAUAUUCCACCACCCUCUUGUGACUUCGCUGAUCACUCGGUUCAGAGGAAGACGGGUCCCGGUGUGAUUCGGUGGGCUGCUGGAUUAGGAUCACCCCCAGGGCAUGCGAAAUCGCCUGUACUGUGCAGAAGUAGGCCAAUUGACAUAUGCACUUUAUUCGUUUCUAUUCGUCGAUUCUACCAGGUCUAAAAGAGAUACUAAAAGGAGGUCGUUGUUGCUGGUAUUGGAUCUUCCUAUGAUGCUACCAGUACUCUGUCUGUCAACUUCUUAGGAAGUCUGUCUGUCAACAUAGCGUAACUACAUUGGUCUUUCUUUGCAAGAAGGCAUCUGUCAGUUGUUACUUGUUGAUAAGUAGGUAGAUGUAUCGAUGGUGAUAACAGGGUGACUCUUCUCUGAAUGACAAAGACUAAGGAGCUGUGAACUGGUCUGGAAACCAGCCGCCUCCCCCCAUGUAACCCUCUUCCCUGGUAUGCAACCCGGUUGCUCGCUUCGAUCAAUAUAGUAAGUAGAGCAUCGCUCCCAUGAAUUGUUCGGAGAAAAAAGAAAUACUUGUGCUACACUGCUACUCCUAUUUUGUUGCUAAUCAUGACUUCCAGUGAAUGAAUCUGUUUACGUA